AUUUAGCAACGCGAGCGUCACGAUUUACAGCUAGUCGGAAUCAAUACGUCUUGGCGCACGGUUAAGAAUACUGCAGCAAGAUGGUCCUACUUAAGGCAUCAAUAGCGACACUGUUAGCUUUAAUAAUCACAAUAUCUAUAUCCACGGUUUGUGCCGACUUGCUGGUGCAGUUGAAUGUGAAUCGGCCCUUAAAUGAUGUGAACGAGAAGUUUGUUAGUUUUACUGUGGACCCGGCGGAUUUAUAUCAUGCGCUUGAUGGUGCAAAUAGAAAAACUUUUACACAAAUGACCACAAUGCUGGGCUCUUCCUACAUUAAGUUCUCGGAUGAUUACAAUUUCAUACCGGAUACCGACACGAAAUAUCGAAAUCCCACGAAAACUAUAUGGAAAGGCUUCAAUCGCUGGACGAGUGCCGUCAACUGGACGAUGAUUGUGCCACUACCAUAUCAAGCUGGCGAAUGGGAUCCCAUGGAGUCGCUGAGAAUACUGAACAGUUCUUAUACAACGGGUAUAACGGACUGCAUAUGGCAGUUGGGUAUAGAACUUGGUCCAAGUGUCUCGGAGUAUUUCAAUGACUUAAAUACAUUGAAUUUGAUGGUGGACACAUUUACUCCUUAUGUAGACGAUUGGGAAGUUAUUGGUGCCGAAAUACCAUCGGGCAGCACAAAUGAAGAGAUACGACGUUACAUCGAGUACAGCAAGGACAUGAAUGCGGCCUUCAAUUGGUUACAACCCGCUGAUGCAAUGACUUCAAAUGCUAUGGUUGGCUCUGCUUACGAAAACGAUCGAGUUUUGCGUGCCAUGUUCAACGAGAAAGCGCCCGUUUGGUUAAAUUUCAUGCCCAAAGAGCAAACAAGCAAGUCCAAAAGAGGGAGCAUUAGUAAAACGACGGAGGAUGUCACCGAUGUGCUACGCUGGGCGCAGACGCUUGGCGAAGCGGCAAGCUCGGGCUUUGAUGCGAUAUUUCGGCGCAUGGAUUUAGAUGAUUUGGAGCAUCCCAGUCAGAGUUUCUUUGUAACAUUGACCUUCAAGAAAGUAAUGGGUUCACGCGUGUUCCCCGCACGCCCCUUCACCAUCUUUUUGCGCAGUAACAAACUUUAUACGCAUUGUGCCAAUACAGUUUCGGGCGGCAUAGCCUUUAUGAUCGUGAAUCCCGAUGAUGAGACCAAACAAGUCUCUAUUAGAUCCGCUACAAAGUUGUCGGGUGAUGAGUACUGGCAAUAUAUCUUGACAUUCAAGAAGAAUCAUGCCUAUUUGAAUAACGAGAAGUUGACUAUAAACUCUACGCUGCCGCCACAAAUUAAGACGAAGAGCCCAAAUAAGUCGAUACAGUUGAAUUCACCUGGAAAAUCUGUUGGCUUUUGGGUGCUGCCAAACGCCGAGUUGGAGCACUGCCAAUUCACAGAAAUCGAUGUUGACGAAUUGGAGCGCGAUUCGGAGGAGGAAAAACUGUUGCAUAAACACAUUUCAUCGUCGGACAAGUUGUUGCAGCAACUCAUACAGGAAACAGCGCUACCCGAAGAUGCUGAGAUGAAGAACAAUCAUCGCGGACGCCGUUAUGCUGCUUUAGCCAAUCGUGCGCGUCAUGUUGUGUUGAAGGAUAAAGACGAACAUAUGGAUUCUUUGGCUAAACUCUUUGAGCCACUUUCGCUCGAAGAGAAGACACCAAAGAAGCGCGAGGAAGUGCUCGAGGAUCGACGCUCAGCUGCACUGAAAUGGAUUAAAGAUCUGCUCGAUACUGCCAUGCAGGAUGGCGAGGAUUUAUUUCCACUGAAGCGAAAUACGCGUAGCGCGGAUGAUUACUUUGGCGCGCUCUUUGGUAGAAAAGAUGCGCACAAAAGAUCACCGAUUGUUAAGAGAAUUACUGAAAUACGCAAACCAGAAAAGAAAUCCAUCAAGCCAGCUUAUGAUCCGGAGCAUUUCAAUGAGGAGGAAUAUUUUAAGAAAAUGGGCACACAGAAUGAACCCGAAUUGCCACGUGUGCCCGAAGGCGAUGUACACCUAACGCAAAUAACGAAUGUGGAGGGUGAAGAUGCUGAUGCAUCCAAAGAGCGGGGGAAGAAGAAACUGGCAACUAUGAAAAUACAGGGUACAAUUGCUAAAGAAACACGUCAUGAAAUGAAACCGUUGCGUCUACUACCCACCGAGUUCUACGAGGCACUGCCCGUACAUAAUUUAGAACACAACCAGUUUAAGAAGCCAAACAAAUGGAACGCCCUUUUAUUUCCCGAGCCUUUUACUAAGAAAUCAAUUAUUGCUGAAAAGAAAUUGAAAAGUAAUACGCUCGCUGAAUCCACGAAAUUGCACGACGUCGAUUCUGAUGUCGAAAAAGUGGAUACUGCACAGUUUCAAACCGGUGGUCAAUUAGCAGAAGAUUUUCUGCGCGCACAAGAAGAACUGGCACGCACUUUCCAGCACGAUCACGAGGAAAAAGAGUACGACCAAAAAAGCAACAAAAAAGAACUGAGUGAAAUGCAUACAGAAAGUGACGACGAAUUACUGGAGAAAAUCAAAUCAUUGCGCAUCAAAUAUAUCGACUACUUGGCGGAGAAUUUGGAAAACUACUUCAAUGAGCAUGGCGCCGUCGGUGAUUUGGAUAUACAAAAGAAUAUGGAGCGCACUACCGCUACCACAACGACGGAGCUACCAUGGUGGAAUUUGAGUUCGCUGCGUAAACGACGCUCGGCCCGUGCUUUGCGUUAUCCAAUGCCCGACGAGGCUUGGCUUACGAACAUGAUCACCAAAGAUGAGGAGCUGCUACCACUAGGCAGUGUGAUGCCCGAACGUUUGGCGGACAACGAACGCAUUCGUGUUUCGAACCAUUUACAGCUGGAUGAUGAAAUGGGCAACAAGAAAUACAACGGUUACUUGAGAACAGUUAAAGCAAAAGUUGAUAAGGUCGUAGAUAUCGUGGCGAAGCAUGUAAACGAUUGGUACACUACAUUCACGAAGCCUGUGGAGGAUAUAAAGAACGAUGUGAAUGGUAAUAGACUGAAGAUAAGCAAAGGAAAGAGAAGAUUUUGAACGAAAAGGCAACAAAGUGUAUUCAGAAAGGUAUAAAAGCAAUAAUUAAAAUAACUGUUAAACAACAAAAAAUCAAAGUUGCAAUUACUGCUGCAAGACGCGUUGAAGCAUGCAAUAAAUUUAUGAUAAUGUAUAGCUGUUUGCGAUCUAAACAUGUACAUAAAUGAAAAUAAAAAAUGUUU